GCCGCCGCGCGCACCGGGGGGAGGCGGGAGCGGCGGGAGCGGCGGGAGCGGAGCAUGGCAGCGCUGGCGGCCGCCUCCCCCGGCGGGGACGAGUGCCUGGAGGAGGACGAGGACGAGCUGGAGCCGGGGCUGGACGAGGCGGAGGCCGAGCCGGAGGGCAAGAAGUUCGUGGGCGACCUGGGCUCGGACGGGACCAUCACGUGGCAGGAGACGGGGCAAGUGUUCAACUCGCCCAGUGCCUGGGCCACGCACUGCAAGCGCCUGGUGAACCCCGCCAAGAAGUCGGGCUGCGGCUGGGCCUCCGUGCGCUACAAGGGCCAGAAGCUGGACCAGUACAAAGCCGCGUGGCUGCGAAAGCACCAGCCCAACGUGCCACCGCCCCCCGAGGAGAGCUUGGCCAGCGAGGGCGAGGAGGAGGAGCUGCCCGAGGAGGAGGAGGAGGAGGCGGCCAGGGAGGGUCGGGUGGCGGUGCCGGAGCCGGCGGCUCCUAAAAAACCGGAGGAGAGGAGCAAGAAGCAGCAAGGCAAAGGCGUGGUGGAGCCGGCGGGGACGGACGGCGGCGCCGCGGGGAAAAGGCUGGAGAUCAAACCGCGGGUUCCUGUGCGCUACUGCACCCUGGGGACCCGCGACUCGGCCAGGAACCCCCAGACCCUGGUGGAGGUGACGUCCUUUGCUGCCAUCAACAAAUUCCAGCCCUUCAACGUGGCCAUCUCCAGCAACGUCCUGCUGCUCCUGGAUUUCCACAGCCACCUGACGCGGAGCGAAGUGGUGGGGUACCUGGGGGGACGCUGGGACACCAACACUCAGCUGCUGACGGUGCUCCGAGCAUUCCCGUGCCGGACCCGCCUGGGCGAUGCCGAAGCCGCGGGUGCCGUGGAGGAGGAGAUCUGCCAGAGCCUGUUCCUGCGGGGGCUGUCGCUGGUGGGGUGGUACCACAGCCACCCGUUCGGGCCGGCGCUGCCGUCCCUGCACGACAUCGACGCGCAGAUGGAUUAUCAGCUCAAACUGCAGGGCAGCGGCAACGGCUUCCAGCCCUGCCUGGGGCUCAUCUGCGGGCCCUUCUACCCCGGCAACCCCGGCGUGGAGUCCAAAAUCGCGCCCUUCUGGGUGAUGCCGCCGCCGGAGCAACGGCCCAACGAUUACGGCAUCCCCAUGGACGUGGAGGUCACCUACAUCCAGGACGGCUUCCUGACCAACGACGUGGUGCAGGAGAUGACGCUGCUGGUGGAGUUCUAUAGGGGCGCCCCCGACCUGGUGAAGUUCCAGGAGYUGUGGAGUCAGGAUCAGACCUACCUGGACAAGCUGAAGGGCUCCCUGGCCUCCCGCACCCCCAAGGACCAGAGCUUCACUCACGUCCUGGAGCAGAUCUUCAGCCUCCUCAAGCUGAGCGGGUGAGGGCCGGCGGCUCCCUCCAUCGGACCAGGUGCCUCCCGCAGCCCGGGCGGGGCUCGGCAGCCCCGGGGCUCACUCGGAGCCGGCCCGGGGCAGCUCCCGGAGCUCCCGAGGGCGCCGUGCCCGGCCGUGCCCCGCGCUGGCAGCUGGGGCGCUCUCUCCGGGGCAGCGGUUUGUGGAAGCGGUAGUUUGAUUAAAAGAGCAGUUCCUGAGAGGCGGCCGAGUGUGGCUGCGAUGGCUGGGGACACCCAGGGCUGGGGACACCUGGAUCGGUGACACCCCGGGACAUCCCGGCUUGGGGACACCCAGAGCUCAGCCUGAUGGAAUGGGGGUGGAAUUCCUCCCUGGGAGGGUGUGAAUUUGGGUGCCCAGAGCAGCUGUGGCUGACCUUGGAUCCCUGGCAGUGCCCAAGGCCAGGGUGGACAGAGC